GGUGAGUGGAAGGACGCGAGGAACAUUAUGCUGGUAGAGACUUCUUGUAAGUCCCGACCAACCUACCGUGCCUGGUGUGCUGUAGAGAGCAUGGCGCAGCAGAAUCCAGAAGCGAAGGUGUGGUACGUGAUGACUGCACCAGCAGUGGAGGCGAGGGAUGGCCUGCCUCCUCGUCUGCUACAACAGUACACCAACCUGCGGGUGGUCACCACUGACCUGCAGAGGGUCUUCUCCAACACCCCUCUCAUGCCUCUUUAUACCUCCAGGGCCUGGAACAUGAACACUGAAUGGCCGGUGGUCAACCUAAGCGACAUGACGAGGUUGGCGUUGGUGUGGAGGGUUGGGGGCUUCUACAGUGACACCGACGUUGUGUGCAUCUCCUCCCUGGCCGCACUCAGGAACGUGGUGGGCUUCCAGUCCGACAACGAUAUCAACAGUGCGGUGUUCCACUUCGACCGCCACCAUGAUAUCACGAACCUCUUUAUGACUCGCCUCAGUCGAAGUUUUAAUGGCAGUAUCUGGGGUAAGAAUGGCCCUAUGUUGUUCACACAAGUGAUGAAAGAGGUGUGUGGGAAGCCCAGGCUGACUCCAGGAGACUACUGUGGAGGGGUGAGCCUUCUUUCCUGGAAGGCCUUUUAUCCAAUACUACCUGGAAAAUGGCAAUUUGCGUUCCUACCUUUCAAGAGAUCAAUCAACUUCGCCGAGAUCUCUCAGUACACCGAGUUGAAUGACGAAUACAACUGUGUCAGCACUAGUAAAGGCUGUGUUUUCUCAGACUCUUACGUGAUUCACAUGUGGAAUAAGCUGAGUCACCUGGAGCCAAUCUUCAAGGAGUCGGGGAGCAUCUACGACGUCGCAGCCAAAACCUUCUGUCCAGUCACCAGAGCCGUCGCUACUGCGCACUCCAGCCUGUACUAAACAUGCACAACCCAAUACUAAGCCUCCACCAGCCUGUUUUGAGCCUUCACCUGCACCAUUCUUUACUGAGCUUUCACAAGCCCGCACUGAGCCUCAGAUAGCCUGUAAAGUUUAUCUGCCUGUCAUGAACCUUCAGUAGUCAGUAUUGUUCAGAGACUUUAGAUAUCUGUACUUAGCUUACACCAGCCCGAUCUAAGCUUACUCCAGACUGUACUGAGCCUUAACCCGUCUGCUCUGAGUUAACACUAGCUUGUAAUGAGCUUUUAUCAGCCUGUACCGAGCCAUCAACCGACGGUACUGAGACAAUACAAGCCUGUACUGAACUUACACUAUCCUGUACUGUUAUUACCAGGCGCUUCCGAGCCUUUACCAGUUUGUACUGAGCUAACAACAGUCUUUUUUAGCUUUUCAUCGAUAUUCUCUCACAACCAACAGUCUGAAAGAAU